GUUGUUAUUGAUUGAAUUUUGACAUUUUUUUUGUCGCGACAAACAGAAGAGAUUCUUUUUCUCAGUGAAAAAUGCGCUUCAGUUUUGUAACGAUUCUAUUUUGUAACACUUUAUGCAUUCAAUGUGGAGAGUUCAUAAUUUCUUGGAAAUGUACGAGUGAAAUAGCUAUAGAUAUACUUAUAGCUAUAAGAACGCACCGCAUGCGACGACACUUUCUCGAAACAGAGAAAUUUAGUUCAACGAAAAACGCAACAAGAGGAUUCCCAUUUAAGUAUGUUUGCCGCUCUUCUGUCUGAAUCGUACGAAUAGCGGCAAAGCUGAAUAUAAACAAAACACGCUGAUAACGAGCAAUACACACACAUGAAUCGGUGUAUUUGACGCUCAACGAAUCACCGUUCUGCGCGUGUAUUGAACAAUAGAGCUAUAGUUGAGUCGCUAAGAAUGAGAACAGCUGAAAGAAUACAUAUUCAUCCGCAUUGAUAUGAUAUGUCUGCGUUUUCUAUGUAUUUCGGUUUUGUAUGCUUAAAAUUGAAUGUGUUUUCGUAUUUUAACGCUCCGCUUCACUCAGCACCAGCAUUGACAUUGAGAGUGGAUGUAUGACGAUGACGUAGACAGUACAAAACUGCUAUCAUUUGUGUGAAGUGCGCAUUUUGAGAGCAUCUAAAUCAAAAUAAAAUCUUAUUGCAAACAAAAAGAAACGCAAUGAAGACAUCGACAGAAUAAUGGAAAAAAUCAAAAAGUUCAAUCUGGAAUUGGCGUUGUUCGUCAAAGAGCUGAAUUCCUACACCGAGAAAGUAAACGAAAUCGACGAUGAGACCACGAAAUUGUUGAUCGAAAUGAUUUCGGCUGUGGAUAAUUUGGGACAACAAGCCUCUAUGAAAGACCACGAAUCAUCGUCUGCCCAUGAAAACCAGUUUAUUUCUGGUUUGAACGAAGAAAUAUUCCAAAUACGCCGGUACAUUGUCUGUUGUUUAUGUCAUGAACAAAUUCCAUUGACUUUGGAGGAUUUUGAAUUACACAAGCAAAAGAAAAGUCAUAAAGAGAAAGAAGCCGAAUUGAACUCAUCGCAUCAAAUUCCCAAUGGAAGUGACACAGCUCAAGCGGCAUUAAUUCAAUCCGAAGAUAAUGAAAGUUGUGAUGUUCCAAGUGAUCAAGCCGUUAAAUUGACAACAGCCAGUUCAGUUAGUAUAAUGAAUAGCAAUUCUAAUCGAGAUCUUGCCCAAACAAAUAGCCAAGAAACGGUUACUGGCACUUCGACGAUGUCAAAUUUCGUAAAAUUGGAAGAUGUAGUCAAAACUGAUGAAAUGUCCAAAGCCAUCACAGCAGAAAUGAUUGAUUUCGUAUCACGAACAAAAACACGGAUCCAUAAUGAGGCACUUAUUUUGAAGACUCUCAUCGGUCAUUUCAACGUUUUUGACUCAAAGGUACAAGUCAUGCCAUUUGGAUCAUCAACAUAUGGGUUCGGUGGAUCAAGCACCAAUUUCAAUAUAUUAGCCAAUGCAGGUGGUUCAGAUAGAAGUCCAAUCACUUUAUUAAAUUCAUUCGAAAAGUAUUUGAAAACGUCUUCUGUCCAGAACGACUUUGAGAUAUUGGACAAUAUUGCCGGAAACCGUGCUCAGAAACGUCAAUUGCAACUGCGUCACAAAAAGUCUGGUGUUUUGUGUUGGUUGCAAUUUGGAUUUGAUAACGAAUUGGUCUAUUCUUCACAAAUCAUUCGUGACUAUAUAAACCAUGGUCCAAUCUGUUAUCAUUUGAUCGCCUUCUUCAAAAGUCUUCAAAAUGCCCUUGUUCAACAGGGAAUCGAUACCAUCCACUUUAACACAUAUCUCAUUUCCAUACUCGUGAUAUUCUUUCUGCAAGUGAACCACAAUUUUCCGAAACCCAAGGAAUUAUCUUCGUCGCAAAGUCAAAGAAUUGAUGUUCCGCCGAAGACUGGUAAAGAUUUCCUUGAGAAAACUGUUGGGGAAUUUUUCAACUUUUACGGAAGGAAAUACGAUGUGGCAAAAGAUCUGAUUAGUAUCAAUAUUGGGCGAUUUCAAAAGCGAAAAUUGGAUAGUCAACAAACAAGACACACGCCCGAGCAAAAGAGUUUACGCGACGCCAUCGAUGCAAACCCUGGCAACUGGGAAAAUUGUACAAUGUAUGUGGAAGACAUCAAGUCAUCUGCCAUUAAUGUAGCGGCUGAAAUUGCUGAGAAAGAAGCACACCAUUUUAAAAAGUUAUGCCAAAUUUUGGCCACUCUUUCGUACAGAAACACAAUUGAUGAAUAUGUGUCGAAGCUAUUGCCACUUCAAGCGGCCGGACGUGAUACAGUUCAAGUGACAUUGAAUCAAUGCAAAAACGGUACAAAUAGUGAUGUCCACCCGUUCAAAGCCGUUGAAUUGAAAACAGCAGGUUCGCUCAAUUCGGUCAGUAGCAAUAGUAACAAUCAAAAUGUUGCUCGAGCAAAUAGCCUGCAAACUGUACCUUCAGUGCUGUCAAAUUCGGUAAAACUGGAUGAUUUGCUCAACACAAGUAGUGUGUCUGUAGCCUUAGCGGCCAAAAUGAUUGAUUUCGUAUCACGAACAAAAGCACGGAUUCAUAAUGAGGCACUCAUUUUGAACACUCUCAUCGGUUAUCUCAACGCAUUUGACUCAAAAGUCCAACUCGUGCCGUUUGGAUCGUCAACAUAUGGGUUCGGUGGAUCAAGCACCAAUUUCAAUAUAUUAGCCAAUGCAGCUGGUUCAGAUAAAAGUCCAAUCACUUUAUUCAAUGCAUUCCAAAAAGAUUUGAAAACGUUUUCUGUUCAAAACGACUUUGAGAUCUUGGACAUUAUUGCCGGCAACCGUGCCCAAAAGCGUAGAUUGCAAUUGCGACACAAAAAGUCUGGUGUUUUAUGUUGGUUGCAAUUCGGAUUUGAUUGUGAAUUGGCCGAUUCUUCACAAAUCAUUCGUGACUAUAUAAACCAUGGUCCAAUCUGUUAUCACUUGAUCGCUUACGUCAAAAGUCUUCAAAAUGCCUUUGCUCAACAAGGAACCGAGAUCAUCCACUUCAACACGUAUCUCAUUUCCAUACUCGUGAUAUUCUUUCUACAAGUGAACCACAAUUUUCCAAAACCCAACGAAUUAUCUUCGUCGAAUAGUCAAACCAUUGAUGUUCCGCCAAAGAUUGGUAAAGAUUUCCUUAAGAAAACCGUUGUGGAGUUUUUCAAUUUUUACGGAAAGAAAUACGAGGUGGCAAAAGAUUUGAUUAGUAUUAAUAUUGGGCGAUUUCAAAAGCGAAUAUUGGAUAGUCAACAAACAAGACACACGCCCGAGCAAAAGAGGCUACGCGACGCCAUCGAUGCAAACCCUGGCAACUGGGAAAAUUGUACAAUUUACGUGGAAGACAUCAAGUCAUCUGCCAUAAAUGUAGCGGCUGAAAUUCGCGAGAAAGAAGCGUACCACUUUAAGAAUUUAUGCCAAAUUUUGACCACUUUUUCGCAUAAAAGCACAAUUGAUGAAUAUGUGUCGAAGCUAUUGCUACUUCAAGCGACUGGCCAAGCUAAUGGUUCCAAUUUGAGUGUAAACAGCACAAAAGAGAGUCGAAAAUCAUCGCAACAAAAUCUAAAUGGAUGUGACAUAGUUCAAGUGGCAUUAAACCAAUUCAAAGUCAUUGAAUUGAAAUCAGCUUGCUCGCUCAAUUCGGUCAGUAGCAAUCGUAAUCAGAGUGCUACUCGAGCAAAUAGCUUAAGUAACCAAAUUGUUACCUCGGUUCUUUCAAAUUUGACCAAACUGGAAGAUGUGAUCAAAACUGAUAGAGUGUCUGUGGCCGUUGCAGCCGAGAUGAUUGAUCUGGUAUCUCGGACAAAAACAAGGACUCGAAAUGAAGCAGAUAUAAUCAAAAUAAUUGCGCCCUAUUUGAAAAAUACGGAAUCCACAUUGAAGCUCAUUUCAUUUGGAUCUUCAACGUAUGGCUUUGGUGGACGAAGCACCAAUUUCAAUAUUCUGGUCAAUGCAGGUGGAUCAAAACAAAAUCCAGCGGUGCUACAGCACAAUUUCGAAAAAGUAAUGAAGACGCCCGGUGCCCAGGAGGAGUUUGAAAUCUUUGAUAGCCUGGGUAGCACUCGUGUGCAGAAGAAACGACUUCAACUGCUUCAUAAAUCGUCUGGUGUUUUGUGUUGGGUACAAUUCAGCGGCGAUUUCGAACUAUCCCAACCAAAUCAAACCAUUCGUGAUUGUAUCAAUCAUGCGCCGCUUUGUUAUCAUUUGAUCGCUUGCAUCAGAUCUUGGCAGAACGUAUUGAAUGAUGUUGCUGCAGAGCAAGGAAAGGUUGCCUUUCAGUUCAAUACGUAUAUUAUUUCGGUUCUCGUGAUAUUCUACUUGCAAAUGGAUCACGGUUUUCCGCAAAUCAAGGAUGUGGCAUUGACAACAUCCAAAUGCAUCAAUGUGGUGCCAAAUAUUGAGAGAAAUCUUCUGAUACAAGCCGUUGGCGGGUUUUUCAAAUUCUACGCAAACCGAUAUGAAACUAAUAACCAAUUAAUAAGUGUAAACAUUGAGCGUUGGCAAGAGAAACGUUUGCAACCUCAUCAAUCUAUCUUUACACCUGAGCAAAAAAGUUUACGUGAUGGCAUUAAAACAAAUGCCGUCAAUUGGAAAAAUUGCACCAUGUCCGUGCAAGAUAUCAAAUAUCCCGGAACAAAUGUAACCGCUGAAAUUCCCGAGAAGGAAGUAAACAAUUUCAAAAAGUUGUGCCAAGUAUUGUCUACCCGUUCACAUAAAAAGAUAAUUGAUGAAUAUUUGUCGAAGAUGCGGUCGCCUCAAGAAACUAAUCGACCUAAUUUGAGUGUCAACAAUUUGACUUCAAUGGGUGCUGCUUCCAGCAAACACAAUGAUCCGGCGACAAUUUCAUUAGAAAGCUUAAGAUCUGCGAUUAAAAAUGCUGAAAAUCAAGCAAGAGAUGUGAGCCCAAAGCCAUCUACUUCAAGAAAGUGUGAAAAUGCCAUCAAUGCGUUAAGAGGAAUAUCUCCAUUUCGUACGUUUGCAUAUGGGUCGCCACUUCAAGAAGGCAAAAAAGUCAGUGGUUCUACCUUGAGUUUGGAUAGUGCGAUAUCGGGGAAAGCACACAGUAGCAGAGCCAAUGAUUCAACCGCAUUUUCAUUGCAAAACAUGCAAACUGCAAUUGUAGAUAUUGAAAAUUUAGCAAAAAAUGGCAUUACUCAGCCAUCAAAGUCCAAAAUCUUGGAAAAUGUAACCAAAACCGAUUACCUGUCCAAAUUGGCCAAAGCAGAAAUGAUGAAUAUUUUGUCACGCUCAGAAGACCGAACUCGCGAUGAGCAAGAGAUUAUUAAAAAUUUAUCAUAUUAUUUCUUCACGAUCGACUCAACAGCGGCAAUAGCGGCAUUUGGCUCGGCUACAUAUGGCUUUUUUGGUGGAUCAAGCACCAAUUUCAAUAUUUUAGCAGUAUCUGGUGUGAAGGAGUCGAAUUUUGUUGGGCUUUUAGACCGAUUAGAAGUGCACAUGUUUCGUCCAAAGGAAAUCCGGAAGCUUACACCUGACGCAUUACUGCAGAAGUUCGAAAAUUCAUUCAAAAACUCAAGCCGACUCAGCAGCGAAUUUGAACUUUUGGAGAAAAUCGAAGCGAAUCGUGUGCAAGGUAGCCAAUUGAAAAUUCUUCACAAAAAGUCACGAAUUCCGUGUAUUUUGCACUUUGGCGAGAAUACACGAAUGAAGAGUUCAUCACAAAUCAUUCACAAUUACAUGACACUAAGUCCGAUUUGUAAAGAUCUGAUUGCUUACGUGAAGGCCUUGAUAAAUGUCUUGAAUGAUAUCGCUACACAAAAGGGAUUACCCAGCUUACAAUUCAAUGGAUAUAUCAUAUCGGUGUUGGUGAUUUUUUAUCUUCAAUUGAAACACAGAUUUCCAACUAUCAAUGGUCUACAAUCCAAGUUAUCGGAUAAGGCCGCAUUAUUAUCGGAUCGAAGUCUCAAUGAAGUAAUCAUGGAUUUCUUCAAGUUUUAUGGUCACACAUACGAAUCGACUCACUUGAUCAGCUUGAACGUUGGCAGAUGGCAAGAAAAGAGAUUACAGGAAGGACAGAAGAAUUUCACGCCAGAACAAAAACGAUUACGAGAUGGCAUCGCAAAUAAUCCAGCGAAUUGGACGGAUUGUGUAAUGUGGGUGGAAGACAUUGUUUCGCCAGAAGUGAAUAUUACAGCUGAAAUUUCAAAUGAGGAUGCGAAUAACUUCGUGAAAUUGUGUCAAAUGUUCUCUUCUCAUGUACCAAAGUUGGAUGAAGGUAAUUUAACAGACAAUCCAAUUUGUGGGACGGUAAACCUGAAGCAGAGAGCAACAAUAUCCAGCUUAAUCGAAAAAGAAAUGGCUGUCAUGACUCAGCCAUCGUUUUUAGAAUUUCGGCGACGUUCUGAAGCUGAAAUUACCAUCAUUCUAACGAACUAUAUUCACAAGUUUAACACUUCUCUAGAGAUUCAUGUGUUGGGUUCCAGUUAUUAUGGCAUCAGAGGAUCAAAUACCGAUUUCAAUUUAUUGGUCAAUACUCACGGUGAACGGCCAAAAGAGGUUAGCCAGCGGUUCUUUUUCAAACUCGAUACCUCUGACAUCACUCGACACUUUAAGCAAAUAGUCAAAGUGAGUGCAGAUCGAGUUCUAAAGCGACAGAUUCACAUGAUUCACAUAAAAACUGGAAUCCAAUGUUCCAUAUUAUUUGACAGCGAUCGCACCAUCGUUGAAUCGUCAGAAAUAAUCAGCCGAUAUAUCAACAAGGAGCCAAUGUAUCGUUUCCUAAUCACAUACAUAAGAGCGUGGCAGAAUGUUUUGAACGAGUUGGGCAUUGCUAAAUUCAAAUUUAAUACGUACAUAAUAAGCGUGUUCGCGUUAUUCUUUCUCCAAAUGAAUCACAAACUUCCGAAAGUUUGUGAUUUUUUCAAAUCUGGCCCAAGUUCGAGUUCAAGCAUUACGAGUUUCAAAAUGAUUCCGAAGGAAUUUUUUGCUUUGUAUGGAAAUAGCUAUCAAAUGUGGAACCAUGUAAUUAGCGCACAUAUCGGCCGAUGGCAAGAAAGACGGAUCCAAUCCGAGCAGAAGCAUUUCACAGAGAUUCAACAAAGAUUGCGCAAAGGCAUCGAAGCAUCACCAGAAAAUUGGACCAAUUGCAUCAUGUAUACACAAGAUCUGGUUCGACUUGAUGUGAACAUUACAGCCGAGAUAUCGAAAGAAGCAGCAGAAAACUUCCAGUCCUUGUGCCAAACAUUCACGAAAAAUGCACCAUCCACAUGAUUACCAGCCAAUUUUUAUCGUGAUCCAACAUUUAUUUAUUCAUUUCUAUCACAAAUUUACCUGCAGUCAUUUGGCAUUUUUUUCACAUACAAAUAUCAUACAUUUUCUAUAAGAGUUAAUAUUUUUGUUAAACAAAUGAAGUGAUUACAUCUGUGAUCAUAGAGCUACACUAAUUUUUUCUUAGAUGUACGGAAAAAUGAAGAUAAAAUCAACUAAACACCAAGUUAUUGAACCUUUGCUGAAAAAACAUUCCUUGUGAAGACCAUAACGAGAACAUGACGUAUUUGAAACGUCUAACUCCAUCUACGGAUUUUUCUAGCAGUUGUGUUCUAUUGAGUUGCGGUUUCAACUAUUUUUGGGCGAAAUUAUCUCAAAAGUAUGCUAAAAUGAGUUAUAUGUCAUGCGAACGCUCAAACGACUACUGUUAAUGUACGCACUGAUUCAGUAGACAUGCAAUGGUUACUAGAUGACAAAUUUACAAUACACUCGAGUGCAUGUAUUUGCGCGUGCAUUUCCGGUAGCCGUUUGAGCGUUCGCAUAACAAAUAACUCAUUUUUGUAUAUUUUUGAGAUAAUUUCGCCCAAAAAUAGUUGAAAUCGUUAUAUAUAUCUACUCGAUUCACAACUACUGGAAAAAUCCGUAGAUGGAGUUAGACGCCCGUACCAAAUGUAAUGUAUUGAAACUCCAUAUAUACAUGCUCGGAGUAUGGUGAAGACUUGGAGGCAAUGUGUUAAAGACUGCCCAUAUAUGCCUCUAAUUGAGGAAUAAACAUUGUUCAUUGAAUGUAAAUAAAAUCUUUAGGAAGUUUUAAAACCGUUCAUGUUGAA